AUGUCUAGUGGGGAUUCGUUAGUGGAGAACAAUCCAAGUGGGGUGUGUAACGGUGAAGAUUGGAACAAACAGAAAUGGAGGCACACGAACAACACAUUGGGUUACAACAGGAGCGGAAGUCAGAGUGCAUCUAGCAACGGAGUCCCCGUCAGCAGCGAUAGCGAAGUUAGCAAUUGCAGCGAUGAGGAUCGAGGAGAAAAACGAAACCUUCAACAUACGCAUAGAAAAAAGUGCAGAAAAAGUAAACCGCUCCAUAUGUACAAAGGAGACAAUUCAAAUUUUUAUGACAAUGAAAACAACUACAUGAUUCAAUACAGAAAUGGAGUAAGCGAUGAUAUAAAUUAUGAAACGUCUAUAAUGCUAGACGAGCAAACAAUUAAUACACAUAAUCUGGGGGACACAAUGACACUUGAUGAUAGUGAACAUUUGAAGGAGACACACGUUAACAAAAUAAUUAAUUUUGAGAAGGGGAAGGAGCGGAAAAAUUACAAACUUAUUACCCCUAUGACAGAGAAUAUGCAUGAUGUGGAUAGAGCGAGUGGGCUACCAAAUGACCACGGGGUGACUACCACAAGUGCAACGACAAAUGCAACCAUCAAUUUUAGUUACCCAUUUUCAAAUGAAUCUACGUUGAACAAUUAUGUGAAGGAUAAAUCGAGACCUUCCGACACCGAUGAUGAAAACGAAGGGGAAGAAGUUGUCGAAAGGAUGAACAUAGGGAAGGACGCCUUUCUCUAUAAUGGCCAGUUGCAAACUGGGAGGGAGGACGCUUACUGUAAAGAGCUACCCAAAGGAGGAAGAGAUAAACAGAGGAAUGUAUGCCGAAGCAGAAGUGAGGAAAUUAGACGGUGUGAUUCUCUACAGUGGGGGAGAAUAAAAGAAGAUGGACAAGAGAAAAGUACAGAUAAAAAGAUCAAGGAGGAAAUCGACUCUAAAAAUGGAAAACAAAUAAUAGGAGAAGAGAAAAAAAAUAAGAAUUUCAAAACGAAUUCUAUAGAAAACUACAAAAAGGAGUUAAUAAAAUAUAUAGAAUUGAACAGCCUGACGAGAAAAAAGGUGCACAUGGAAUUGUUUUUACAUCACCAAAUUAACUGCUACGAUUUGUUAUUAGAAAUAAGGAAAAAGAUACCUAUCUGGGGAGAAUACGAAGCGAAUUUUUUUUUUCAUUGGAAAAAAAUUAUGACCAUAUGUAUAGAGGAGUUAAAAAUAUACAUCCUCAUAUUUCGAUCUUUAAACAUCGAAACUGUUAAGCACUUGGAUUUUUUUAUGCUGAAAAUUAUUGUAGACGAGUUAGAUGAACUAAGGAAGGUACACGAACCUAAUUACAAGCCAUUUAUAUUUACGCAGGAAUGUCUAAAUAAUUACGAAUACUCCUCUUCAUUAGAAAAGAGCCCAGAUAUUUAUAUCAAUAUGAAUGAAUUUACCGAACCCUGGUAUAGGAAGAAUUUUAACAAGUCUAUGGAUAUUAAGAAGUUUUUAAAUUCUUUGGACAUUUUGGAAAACCAGAAACAUAAAUCGUAUAUCAUCCAGGCAAUGGAAAUCCCCACCUACAUCUUUGACUUGUGUGACCUGGAGGAAGAAAAGAAUGGAGUAGUCAUACCAAAUGAGGUGCUUUCACCAAGCGUGAUAGCCACAACAAGCGGUGGAACCUCUACCAAUGGAACCUCCUCUUCACCAAAUGAUACCUUGAAGAAAGUCAAAAAGAUGUGCGCAAAGAAGAAAGAAAAUAACAAGGGAAAAAAUUUAAACACUGCCGUAAACCCCAACUCGAACCCUAAGCCGAAGAAGAGAACAGGGUACUACGACCUCGAGAUAGACGGGGUUGUUGCAUCCUUUGAGGCCCGAAAGGGGGUUUAUUAUGACAAGUCGAGGAAGCUCUGGAGGGCGAACUGGAAGGAAAACGGGAAGAUUCAGACCAAGGGAUUUUCAGUCAAUGAGUAUAAGUCCGUUCAACUAGCUAGACAAAAGGCAAUCGAGUGGAGAGAAAAGAAGGAGGCAGAACUUCUGCUCUAA